AUGCUAGAUACCGGGGACUACAGCUUCAUGGACCAAAUCACCAAAGAGAUACAUUGGGAGAAAGAUAGCAAGUUUCCAGUGGUGGGAUGCCUCUUUCCCACCAUACACUCUGACUCACUGGCUCCAUAUAUUUCCUAUGAAGUAAUUAUUCCCAGGUGGCUAGAACCAGGGACAGGAAAGGCCAAGAAGGAGGAACUUUCUUACAUCAUCAAGGUAGAAGGAAAGGAACACAUAAUUCGACUGAAACGAAAGAACAACUUUCUGGUUGCAAACCUGCCCGUCUUCACAUAUGAUUCUGAGGGUAGAAAAGUGAAAAGUCAUCCCUACAUUCCUGCUGAAUGCUACUAUGGAGGGUACGUAGAAGGCAUGGCUGAAUCGCUUGUAGCUCUCAGCACCUGCUUUGGCCUUAGGGGAUUCCUAAAAAUCAGAGACCUAAAUUACGGCAUUGAGCCUUUAGAAGGUUCCCGGACAUUUCAGCACCUUCUCUACCUGACCAAUAAAACUGGCUUCAAUUCCAGGGGAUGUGGCCUGAGAACGGAAGAUCUCAAACACCAGGCAGAAGAAGCGAGGAGAGGGGAACUUAAUUUCAGGUACAUGAGUCAGCCAUUGUAUGUUGAGCUGUAUAUUGUGGUGGAUAACCUGAUGUUUCGCUAUGAAGGUAGCAAUGAAACCAGAGUGAUACAUGUAGUUUUGGACACAAUUAAUAUGGUGUACGCACAUUAUCGUCCUCUGAAUAUCGAUGUCAUUCUGGUGGGUCUGACUAUCUGGAAAGAACGCAACCUCAUUGACGUUUCCAGCAAUGGCGCUGCUCUCCUUGAAAAUUUCAAAAAAUGGAGAACAGCCCAUGUCGAGGAGGUAAAACGAGACACGACUCACUUGUUUUUUCAUCAAAAAUUUGAUAGAGACCUUUUAGAGGCACAAGAAGGAGGAAUCUGCAAGACAGCUUUUUCUGUAGGAAUAGACCUCUACGUAAACAGGGAUCUGGUUGCGUUCUCUAUGAUCGUCUCUCAUAUGUUGGGUCAUAACAUUGGCAUAGACCACGAUGGCCCCAACUGUUUUUGUGACGAACAAACAAGCUGCAUCAUGCAUUAUGUUGGGGCAAAGUUUGCCAUGUUCAGCAACUGCAGCGUAGCAUAUUUGUUGGAACUACGAAUGAGCAAAAGGCUGCACUGCCUGUUCAACUCCCCACCCUCUGUUUUCAAGUUCAAGGUCUGUGGCAAUAAACGGGUGGAUCCGGGAGAACAGUGUGACUGUGGCACAGAACACCAAUGCCAACAGGACCCUUGUUGCCACCCCAACUGCACCUUCAAGGCACAGGCCGUCUGUGCCCAUACAGAGUGCUGCCAAAACUGUCAGUUUGCCCCCAUGACAGCACUCUGUCGUGCCGGCGAUAACCUGUGUGACCUUCCUGAAUAUUGUUCCGGGAAGUCUAUGUGGUGCCCAGAGGACAUGUACAAACAGGACGGGACACCGUGCAAGAGGAACGCCUACUGUUAUGCAAAGAAAUGUACAACUCACCAACUUCAGUGUGGUAUUAUCUUUGGCAGAGAUGCCAAAGCCGCUCCUCUGAGCUGUUUCAAAAGCCUGAAUAUGGUUGGGGAUCAGGUAGGCAACUGUGGUGGAGAUGGAAAAGAAAAAGAAUUUGUGAAAUGCAAGGAAGAAGACAUUAUGUGCGGGAGACUGCAUUGCUCCAACGUCGGAAAGAGACCCAAUCCAUGGAAGUACGCUCAGUCGUUGGUCAAUGGUGUGACUUGCUGGAGCAUCAAGUACCAAAGUGGAAGGGGUACUGCAGACACAGGGGCAGUGCCAGAUGGCACAGCAUGCAGCAAAGGCAAGAUAUGCGUGAACCGGACAUGCGUCCCCAUCUCCAUUUUUAAAUCAAAGUGUGACUCAGCUCAUAAGUGUCACAGCAAAGGAGUCUGCAAUAAUCACAACAACUGCCAUUGCGAUGUUGGCUGGGCCCCUCCUGAUUGCAGGAGAUUUGGUGCAGGGGGGAGCACAGAAAGUGGCUCUCCUAUGCAUGAAUGGACCGAUCAGGCUGGUAGUGGGGUGGAUGUUGCUGGAGUCCUGGUGAAAUCCCUGAAGGGCUUCCUCCUGGGCCACCAAGGCUGUGGAAUGUUCACAUUCAAAGAGGCCAGAGAAAACCGAUGGCCUUUGGAACAGGCCCGGCUGCAGCAGCCGAAGAGAUUGGGUGGGAUGAACAUCUGA